GCACCGCCCUAGUGUUUUUGUGUUCCCUGCUCUUGGGAAAAGCCACCCUAUUUCUUUACCUGGUGGUCCUUUUCCUUCAGACCCGGAGAUCUCCAGGUCCCUCUCUGGACCUCUGGCCAGGUAGUACGGCGACGGGCGCGUGGGAGCUGACGCGAGUGAAGUGAUUGGGAUAAGGCUGACAUUUGACUAGGGGGUGGCCAGGCGAGAGACGCAGUCCCCAGCGUGCGCAGCAGGCCGCGUCCGGGGAACUCCUAAAUCCUGCGGUCCAUCAUGAAGUUCCAGUACAAGGAGGACCACCCCUUCGAGUAUCGGAAAAAAGAAGGUGAAAAGAUUAGGAAGAAAUACCCGGACCGGGUGCCGGUCAUCGUGGAGAAGGCUCCUAAAGCCAGGGUCCCUGAUCUGGACAAGAGGAAGUACCUUGUGCCCUCUGACCUCACCGUUGGCCAGUUCUACUUCUUGAUCCGGAAGAGGAUUCACCUGAGACCUGAGGACGCCUUAUUCUUCUUUGUCAACAACACUAUUCCUCCCACCAGUGCUACCAUGGGCCAGCUGUAUGAGGACAACCAUGAGGAAGAUUAUUUUCUGUAUGUGGCCUACAGUGAUGAAAGCGUCUACGGGAAAUGAGGCAGGAGC